AUGGUGGACGCGGCAGCGGAGUACCCGCGCCGUGCCGCCGACGCCGUGCGCUACGAUGUUGUGACGGGCAUCACAAACGGCUUAUUCAAGAGUUGGAGCGUGUCUUUGCAUCAUCACAGCUUACGACUGUCAAAGAACAGAAGGCACCGCGAUAGUCUUGAAGCCGAUCGAAUUGCUAAAUUCGUCGGUGACUGCGAUGCGAGGGGGCUGCAGCGGGGCGGGGACUAUUUUCGUCUGGCGGCCACGUUUGGAAAAUGUGUGGUGACGUCACGGUCCUCCGCGGCGAUGGCAUCAUCGACUGCGCGACGCGCACGGCCCGUCUUGCCAAAAUAUCGCGGUGAGCUCCGCGAUCAAGUUUAUUUUAGUGGGUUUUGA